UCCAGCUAACCCCGUUUAGUCAACAUUUUUAGAAUUUGAAAGGGAAUAAUUUGGAAAUAUCAGAGCGAAAAUUCUUCUAUGCUUCAUUCAAAAUACUCAAAAUGGACGCAGUAAAAGACUGCAUUGAGUGCAUCAAUACUCACUGGAUAGCGAUGGUCAGUGCUGGAAUGUACGUGCACAUCAGGCAAAUUUGUAUAAUAGGAUUGUGUUUCGAGAAUGAAAAUCUUCUGCCCUUUCAACCGACCUACACUUCUCUCUUUUUCACCUUCUCCGUGCUGUCAUUACUCGCUGAGUUCAAACCCUGGCCCUCAUCCCUCAAGGAACCACCAGUGCUAUUGUUGUAUAUUUAUGAAAUGCUUGUAGCAGCAUUAGUGACAAAUUUAUCAACACGCGCGAUUUGGAUGCCCAUAAUAAGUUCACUCUGGUGUCUUACUCAAGAAUCCAGUAAAUUUCUCUACUGGGUGAAUUCUCAGGCGAGUCUGGACAGCGAUUCACCUGUAACUCAAGCCGCUAAUUACCUGACGCAAGAAGAUGCAGUGACUCACAUGAGCCUCUGCAUGUCAAUCUUAUCAUUUGUGUGGAUGUUAGAUGCCACUGAGUCCCUCGAUGCUAUCCUGGAGAUCUGGGCCAAAGUGGAGACUAAGGUAUCCAGGCUGUUCAGAAAAUGCCUGAGAAAACGGAGGAUUGGAUUUGAGGAGCCUGAAGUCACCGAUUGGUUCUUCUAUGAUGCUGCACCACACUCUAUAUCGCAAUCAUCUACGGACUCAUAAAAUUUUCCCCUUCGAUAUUCAACAAAAUCUCAUGUAGACGCACGCCUGCAUUUUUUAAC